AUGCCGAAGAGUGGCUUACGCGUGGCGUUCGAAGUGGAUGAAUGCGAUGAGCGGCUGGGGGGUGAAAGCGCAGAGGGAGAGGUUCUCCAGAAGGUGAAGCGCCGCGAGCGGAAGGCGCAGACCUUCGAUCCAUCCAAGGUCGCGCGCGCGAAGGACGAGGCUCCGACCGAGACGCUGGCGACGCUGGCGCCCAAGCGCUACACCGUGGCCACGGAGAAGGUCACUACACUCGAAGAGGAGCUCAAGACGAGGUGCGGUGUCUUGGGCGCGCGACGCCGGCAGAGUGCCUCGCUGUUUGGCGAGGCCGUGCGCUGCGCGGAGAAGGCCGCUGCGCUGCAGCGCGCCCUGCAACGCGUGCACGGCGCGGGCGCGGGCGCGGUGCUGGGCGGAGCGUGGCAGAGGAAGUGGCUGUCGGAGCUGGAGGUCGGCCUCAACCGCUUGGAGUUGACAGGCUCCUCUGCUGAGACUUUGCUCAAGGUCUUGGAGCAUCAUGGCUGGACAAGCGAUCCGCUUGAGGAUGGCAGUGGCCACUUUAGUGGCGACAACCCCCCUGACUUGAAUGUGUUGUUGAAGAAGCUGCGCUUCCUCGCGGGCGACCUGGCAUCGGCCCCGCCGUCCUCCGUUCCGGAGACGGCGCCGUCCUCCGCUCCAGAGGAGUGGCCAGAAGAAUGGCAAGAAGAAUGGCAAGAAGAAUGGCCAGAAGAAUGGCAAGAAGAGUGGCCGGAAGAAUGGCAAGAAGAGUGGCCAGAAGAAUGGUGGGCCAGCGAGGCCACGUAG